AUGCCGACGGAAUUUAGUAAAUUCGACUAUAACGUCCAUGUUAACGGACAUGACGACUCUGGAGAUCUGGAAUUCGGGAAUUAUUCCGGGGAAAUCGUCAUAUCUGGCUUCUCGGGUCGUUUACCUGAGAGUUCCAACAUUGAGGAGUUCAAAAAUAACCUCUACAGUGGUGUUGAUUUGAUUAAUGAUGAAGAACGUCGUUGGCCUAGAGGUAUGCUUGGUGUACCUUCGCGUACGGCAAAAAUGAAAGAGGAAGAUGUGGCAAACUUUGAUCAUAUCUUCUUUGGCGUACACCAGAAGCAAGCAGAAGCGAUGGAUCCUCUUAUUCGGAUGCUUCUUGAGGCUACUCAUGAAGCUUUUGUUGAUGCAGGAUACAACCCCAGGGAUUUCCGAGGAUCUCGUACUGGUGUAUACGUUGGUAUUUCAGGAUCAGAGCAAGAACAAUAUUUGAAUAAGUUUCCCCAUUUGGUUAAUGACUACGGACUACUGGGCAGUAUACGAAACAUGUUUGCAAAUCGACUCUCGUAUACAUUUGAUUUGCGAGGACCUAGUCAUACCGUUGAUACAGCAUGCUCUGGUUCUCUCUAUGCAAUGAGACAGGCUUUUGCAGACAUUCGAAAUGGACACUGCGAUGCAGCCGUAGUUGCUGGAGCUAAUCUAGUUCUAAGACCCACUGUAACGAAGCAAUUCUUUAACCUCAGAAUGUUGAGUCCUGAUGGGAAUUCUCGAGUUUUUGAUGAGAGUGGAAAUGGGUAUGUGAGGGCAGAUGCGUGCGUUGUGAUGCUCCUACAGAAGACUAAAGAUGCUCGUAGAGUUUAUUCAACAAUCCUCAAUAUAAGAACAAAUACAGAUGGCGCCAAGGAGCAAGGGAUAACCUAUCCCAGUGGUCCAAUGCAAAAAAGACUAAUUGAGGAAACAUUUCAGGAAAUUAAACUCAAUCCCCUAGAAAUUGUCUAUGUUGAAGCUCAUGGAACGGGAACUAUUGUUGGAGAUCCAGAAGAAGUGAAUGUAGUUUGUGAUAUUUUCUGCAAGGAUCGCAAGACGCCGCUUCCCAUUGGAUCACUUAAGUCCAAUAUGGGACACUCAGAGCCAGCAUCUGGUAUAUGUUCGGUUGCAAAGAUGUUAAUUGCGAUGGAAGAGGGUAUCAUCCCUGCGAAUCUUCACUUCAAAAAUCCAAAUCCCAAAAUUCAUGGUCUACUCGAUGGACGCAUGAAAGUCUUAGUCGAGAACACUCCGUGGAAUGGUGGAGUCAUUUCCCUGAAUAACUUUGGAUUUGGUGGCGUGAACGUCCACGUCAUUCUGAAAUCUAAUCCAAAGAUUAAGAACAUCAGUCCUGUUAAUGAACUCCCACGUCUGGCUGUUGUAUCAGGCCGUACUGUUGAAGCUGUGGAGACUCUUCUGAAAGACAUUGAAAUUCACGCAGAAGAUGAGGAGUACUUUGCUCUGAUCCAUGAAGUUCACAGAAAAAACAUUCCUCUGCACAACUUCCGAGGCUACGCUGUUGUUAGCAAAGAUGAAAUUCUGUCUGAUAUUAUGGAACUGUCUGAGGAAAAGCGUCCAGUGUGGUACGUGUAUUCAGGAAUGGGUUCACAGUGGGCCCACAUGGCGAAGGAACUGAUGCAGAUCGACAUCUUCCGGAACAGCAUUUAUCGCUGCGCUGAUGCUCUACGUCCCGAAGGCAUUGAUCUCAUCGACGUAAUGACUAACAUGGAUGAAUCUAGCUUUGAUAUUUUGCAUAAUUUUAUUUCAAUCACCGCAAUGCAAAUUGCUCUUACGGAUGUUUUGACACAUCUUGAGAUCAUUCCUGAUGGGUUUGUCGGUCAUUCACUUGGAGAGUUGGGUUGUGCUUAUGCUGAUGGAGGUCUCACAUUAAAACAAACAAUUCUUGCUUCGUAUUCUCGAGGAAGAUGCAUUGUGGAUACGGAAUUAAUUUCUGGAAUGAUGGCAUCUGUGGGAUUGUCCUGGGAAGAAUGUUUGAGACGUCUGCCUGACGAUAUUCUACCUGCUUGCAAUAACAGCGCGGACAAUGUCACGAUAUCUGGACCUACAGAUUCGGUUAACAAAUUCGUAGAAACUCUGAAGAACGAAGGAAUAUUCGCUAAAACUGUUAACGUAUCAGGCAGGGCCUUUCACAGCAAGUACAUAGCAGAUGCAGGUCCAUUACUCAAAAAGUCUCUUGAUAAGAUUAUCCCGAAUCCAAUGGAUCGUACUGAUAAAUGGAUAAGCUCAAGUAUUCCUGAAGUCGAAUGGAAUUCAUCACUGAGUAAGAAGAGUUCUGCAGACUAUCACGUUAACAAUCUCCUGUCACCAGUUUACUUCCAUGAAGCCGUUCAGCAUAUUCCAAAAAAUGCAAUUUGCAUUGAAGUAGCUCCUCAUGGGCUCCUUCAGGCUAUUUUGCGGCGAUCCCUUGGGCCAGAUGUCAAAAAUAUUAGCCUCGUAAAGCGCAAUCAUGAAAAAAAUAUGCAAUUUCUCCUGAGCAACAUUGGAAAACUCUACUCAGCUGGAGCACAGCCAGUUGUUAAAAAGCUCUUCCCUCCGGUAUCCUUCCCCGUAGGACGUGGUACACCGAUGCUCAGUUCCAAGAUUAAAUGGGAUCACUCACAAAAGUUUGAAGUACCAUUUGCGGGGGUUUUUUUCAAUAAAGCAACCACUUCUUCUGGAGAAACAGUUGUGGAAAUUAAUCUCAACAAUGAGGAAGAUGCUUUCUUGGCAGGACACACCAUAGAUGGUCGAGUUUUGUAUCCUGCUACAGGAUACAUCAUGUUAGCCUGGAAACAGUUUGCAAAUACACGUGGAACUACCUACGAUCGCUUGCCUGUUAUCUUUGAAGACGUUACGUAUCAUCGUGCAACAAUUCUGCCUACAAAUGGAUCCGUCAAGCUUGGCGUCAAUAUGUUUGAUGGGACUGGAAAGUUCGAAAUUUCUGAAGGAGGUUCUGUUGUUGUAUCAGGAUCUAUUCGUACUACGGAGAAUAUUGAGGAAGAAUUAUUACAACUGGAUCCACUUACAGAGUCUAAAAAUGGUUUACCACUGAAUGCAAAUGAUAUAUACAAAGAGUUGCGCAUCCGUGGUUACGACUACAACGGAAGAUUUCGUAGUAUUGUACAGACUGAUCCAGAUGUAAACACGGGAAAACUGGAGUGGAUUGAUGAGAAUUGGGUGCCUUUCAUGGAUACGAUGCUUCAAUUUGCUAUUAUCAAUACAGAAUUUCGUGAAUUGUACCUUCCAAAGCAUUUUGAUAGAGUUGUCAUUAAUCCAGAGAAGCAUCUAGAAUUAGCAGUUCAGUACUGCACAGAUGAAAGAGAUAAGACAAUCUUUCCUGUACAUGUAUACAAAGAUAUAAAUGUUAUCAAAAGUGGAGGAAUAGAAAUAAGGGGUGUGAGUACAUCCUUAGCUCCAAAACGUCAAAACUCCCAUGCUCCACCUCUAUUGGAAAAGUACAUCUUUGUACCGAAUUUCAACAGAUGCGUGUUAUCUGAAAAAUUGGAUACGGCAAAGCAAUACGCUGUUACAAGUGCUGUGCAACUUGCAAUUGAAAACUGUAAAGGAGCGCUAAAGAUAAAGACGUCUGAAGUUCUUCUUGACACGACAUCUGAUUUUUUACUGAGUCCAUCUGUAAAGCAGAUAAUUGAGAAUGAACCAGCUUUGGGAAACAGUGCAGCAGUUGUAGUGGCAGAAAGUACUCCUGAGUUGGAGCAGAUGACGAAUGAUGCUGAAAUUCGUCUUGUUGUAAAGGAUAUUUCAGAUGGAGCUGUGGAAUCCGGUUGUCACCUAUACAUUGCUAAGGAUAUUUGUGAGCACCUUAAAGCUGAAUUGUUAUUGAGAAAUCUCAAGGAGUCCAUCAAAGAAGAUGGUUUCAUUCUGCUUGAAGAACCGAUCAAGGAGAUUUCUGAUACAACACUCUUUGACAAGCUUGGAUUGGUAUUAGUUUCAUCGCAAGUUUCCUCAAAUAGAAAGUAUCUCCUUCUUCGUCCUGUAUUUGACAUCAGCUCUAAGAAUAUUCAGGUAGUUAAUUUAACUGAGAAGAAUUUUAACUGGUUGGAAGAUUUGAAGUUGGCCCUUCGUACAGCUGAGGCUGAAAACAAGUUGGUGUAUAUUGUAUGCCAAGGCGAAGAGCUAUUUGGAGCUGUAGGCUUAAUGAAUUGCAUCAAGAAUGAAGGAGGUGGCAAAACCGCAAGACUCUUCUUCAUACAGGACACCGAUGCUCCAACAUUCUCUACCUCUAAUCCCUUAUACAUGAAUCAGAUUUCCAAGAAUCUCAUCAUAAAUGUCCUUAAGGAUGGUUCUUGGGGUACUUUUCGACAUCUGAAGCUGGAUUGCGAAGGGCAGACACGACUAGUGGAACAUGCCUAUGUGAAUAACCUGAUCAAAGGUAAUCUAUCCAGCUUCAAGUGGAUUGAGGGACCAUUCAAUCUCAAUUGUCCGGAUCUUAAUGAUUCACUUAAUGAGUUAUGUACCGUUUAUUAUGCAUCACUAAACUUCCGCGACGUUAUGCUAAGUACUGGAAAGCUUUCUGUCGACAUAAUGCCAGUGGCACAUGAUGAUUGUGUCCUUGGGAUGGAAUUCUCUGGGCGUGAUUCAAAGGGAAAUCGUAUAAUGGGAAUGAUGCCUGCAAAAGCUCUUGCCACAACAUGUGUUACUAUGAAGUUUUUGACAUUACCCAUCCCUGAUUCCUGGACUCUUGAGGAAGCAGCAACAAUCCCCAUUGCAUAUGGUACUGUAUUCUAUGGGCUUGUGAUGCGGGGGAAGAUGAAAGAAGGAGAAUCUAUUCUUAUUCAUGCUGGAUCAGGUGGUGUUGGUAUAGCUGCUAUUUCGGUAGCUCUCAAAAUGGGUUUAACAGUUUACACGACAGUUGGGAGUCAGCAAAAGAGGGAUUUCCUCAAGAAAACUUUCCCACAGUUAACGGAUCGUCACAUUGGAAAUUCUCGUGAUUGUUCCUUUGAACAGAUGAUUAUGCGUGAGACUCAAGGAAAGGGCGUAGAUCUAGUUCUGAAUUCCCUGGCUGAUGACAAACUUAAAGCUUCGGUGAGGUGUCUUGGUUUAAAUGGGAGAUUCAUUGAGAUUGGAAAAUUUGAUUUGAGCAAUAACACAGCCUUAGGAAUGUCUGUCUUUCUAAAGAAUAGCAGUUUCCAUGGAAUUUUCUUAGAUCAUCUUUUUAGUAAUAGAGAUGUUGAAACUGUUUCCAAGAUUGCAGAGCUCAUACGUGACGGUAUUGAGAGUGGAGCUGUUCGACCACUUCCCAUGACUGUAUUCGGUAAGGAGCAAGUAGAGGAAGCUUUUCGUUACAUGGCGAGCGGCAAGCACAUUGGCAAAGUUGUCCUCAAAAUACGAGACGAAGAAAAAGAGAAGCAACUUAUUCCUGCUCCUAACCUUAUCCCUGCUAUGCCACGAACGUACAUGUACUCAGAGAAGAUUUAUGUAGUUGUCGGUGGACUGGGUGGGCUAGGCCUUGAACUGAUUAAUUGGCUAAUUUCCCGAGGAGCGAAAAAUAUUGUAGCUUUAUCUCGCAAUGGGAUCCAGACAGGCUACCAAUCCUUGAUGGAGAGACGUAAGAAAGGUGUCAAUUUCGUAAUAGACAAGAAUGAUGUAACAACUAAAGAAGGAGCAGAACAAUUACUUAAGGAAGCCCUCAAUAUUGGUCCUGUGGGUGGAAUCUUUAAUUUAGCUGCUGUACUGCAUGAUGCUUUCUUUGAUGAUCAGCAGGAAGCAAACUUCCAAAAAGUAUGCCUGCCCAAAAUUAACGCAACGAAGUGUCUUGACGCUGCUUCACGUUCACUCUGCCCUUACCUGGACUACUUCAUCUGCUUCUCAAGUGUUUCAUGUGGACGCGGGAAUAUUGCUCAAACGAAUUACGGAAUGGCUAAUUCGGCAAUGGAGAGGAUAUGCGAAGCCCGUCAAGCAGCAGGUUAUCCUGGCACUGCUAUUCAGUGGGGAGCUGUUGGUGAUACAGGCUUAGUAAUUGAACACCUAGGUGACAAUAAUACGAAUAUUGGAGGCACACUGCCUCAGAGAAUGUCUUCAUGCCUACAGACAAUGGAUCUCUUUAUGCAACAACCUCAUCCUGUUCUUGCAUCAAUGGUUGUGGCGGAAAAGAGGAAGGUUGACAGUGCUGGACAAUUGAGUAUUGCUGCCUGCGUCGCGAAUAUCCUUGGCAUCAGAAACAUUGAAAAGGUUCCCAACGGAUUAUCUCUCACUGAUCUGGGAUUAGACUCACUCAUGGGGACGGAAAUAAAGCAAACACUCGAGAGGAACUACGAUUUGGUAUUAAACGUGCAAGAAAUUAAGCAGCUUACUUUUGGGAAAUUACUGGAGUAUGACAGGAAAGCUAAGACGACAUCUAUCAGUGAAGAGAUCAGUGUUGAAACUGAAUCAGUCACAAAAGAUGAGUUCACUAAGAAUUUAAUUCCAAAGGAAGUUUUAGUGCGUUUGCCGUCAAAUGCUGCUGAGAAUACUCAACAGAGACCACUAUUUGUGAUCCAUGCAAUUGAAGGCUUUGUUGAUGCUCUAAAGCCAUUAGCAGCUAAGCUGAAUUGCCCAGUUUGGGGACUUCAAUGCACCGAAAAUGUUCCUCAAGAAUCAAUCCAGGAAAUUGCCAAAUUCUACAUCAGCCAAAUGAAGACAGUUCAGAGUAAGGGUCCGUAUAUAAUUGCAGGAUACUCCUACGGAACGGUUAUUGCCUGUGAAAUGGCAAAGCAGUUGGAGACUGAGUUUAAGGAAGCAGUCAGUGUGAUUCUGCUGGAUGGUUCACCACAACAUGUGAACAUGCAGUUUCAGCAGAAACGUUUAUCAAUCAUUGGAACCAAGACUGAAGCUGAAGAGCUCUUCUUGGCGCACUUUGCAACGAGGCUUGUUGGACUCCAGAAUGGAUUGGCUGUUAUGAAAGAAUUAGAUGGUCUUUCCACGAUAGAGGAUAAACUCAGAAAAUACAUUGAACUAGUUCACAAGGCUACGCAGCACAAUCAUGAACUGGUAAGCCAGGACCUAACUUAUGUUAAGUAA